UGGGCGUGCGUGGGAGUUGAAUAAGACCGGCCGACCACACAUCAAGCCUGCUAGACGUUUAAGACGUGUGCGACCUCUUGUGAUGUACAUACUACGCACUAGCAGUAUCGAGAUCAAUCCAUAGAUCAAUGUACACUUGCAUCCUGUGAGAGGAUGGAUAUGCUGUUCCUCCAACAACUGACACCGAUGGUCGUGUUCUAGGAAAGAAGUUGGCUGACUGUUACGCGAGGACUUGUGCUGAUGAUCAAAAUCGAAACACAUACACAGAAAUCGAAACAGUUUACACCGGUUUUGCUAAACUGGACACGCCUAGAAAUUGUAUUUUGAAUAAAUUAGGCGAUGCAUGAGACGACAGAACACAGUCUGCUGAGUGCAUGUGCAUUGACCUCAACUCGCUGCAACUGAGAAUGUGCCGCCAAUUAAUGCCCAUCGCAUUACAAUUUUCUCACUCACGCUCGUGCUAAGUGGAUUAGGUUACUGGAGUAUUUUGAUUACUGCCACACACCAGUGGUUGGCAUAUGUUGUGCUUUGUGCCAAGUCAAUAGCAUUGCCGUGUUCAGGCGUUUACCAAGCAUACAAUUAAGAUUAUUUCACGUGCUGAUCCAUAUCCAUGUCCAUACGUAGCACUACGGUAUCUACAGUGCUAGUACUAUGUCGUCGGUAAUCUAUGCACAAGCUGACAAGCACAGCUCUCUGCAGUAAUGGAACUCGGCGGUGGUGGCGCUGCUCAUCUUGUUUCCAAUUCCAGUGCCCCACCAGCUCGUCGGCUCAAGGUGCUCCGAUUUCUAGUCGUCGUCGCUGCCGUGGCCGCCGCCGUCUCGAGCCAGCUUCUGCCGCCGUCCGUCGUCAUCGUUCCUAGCAGCUGGCCGUUCACGUCGGCGCCUGAUUUUAAGAAGCAGCAGCCGCUGGCCCCUCCGGAAUGCGUCGUGUUCAACUUCGGGGACUCCAACUCCGACACCGGGAACCUCGUCGCCGGCGCCGGCUUCCGCCUGCACCAGCCCGUCGGACGCCGCUUCUUCGGCAAGCCCAGCGGCCGCUUCUCCGACGGCCGCCUCUACAUCGUUUUCAUCUGUGAGAGGCUGGGGUUGGAUCACCUGAGCCCGUACAUGGAGUCGUCGGGGGUCAACUUCCGGCACGGCGCUAACUUCGCCGUCGCCGGUGCAAUGGUCGCCGGCGCCGCGGGUACGUUCGAGCUGGCGACGCAAGUGCGGCAGUUCCGGCACUUCAAGGCACGCACUGAGGACCUCCGCCCGCGAGGGCUCGGGUCCGGCAUCACCAGCCAGGAGUUCCAGAACGCCGUGUACACUUUUGACAUCGGCCAGAACGACCUCCAGGCUGCCUUCAGCGCCGGCCUCUCGUACGAGCGUGUCCUCGAGAGAAUCCCGGCGAUCGUAACAAGGAUCAAGAACGCCGUCACGAUGUUGCACGAGGCCGGCGGGCGCAAGUUCGUGCUGUACAACACGGGGCCGGUGGGGUGCCUGCCCAGCAUGCUGGCGCGGCGACGCCGCGGCGGCGAGCUCGACCGCGCCGGAUGCCUCGUCGACCACAACGGCGUCGCCGGGGCGUUCAACGCGCAGCUGGGCCGCCUCUGCGGCGAGCUCCGCGCCGAGCUCGCCAAUUCCACCGUGGUGUGCGUGGACAUGCACGCCAUCAAGUACGGCCUCGUCGCCAACCACACGGCGCACGGUUUCAGUGAGCCGUUGAUGACGUGCUGCGGCAGCGGCGGCCCGCCGUACAACUACAGGCCUGGGAAGGCGUGCGGGAGCCCCAAGGUGAAGGCGUGCGCCGACGGCGACCACCGCAUCAGCUGGGACGGGCUCCACUACACGGAGGCGGCAAACAGGGUCGUCGCCGACGAGGUACUCUCGGCGGAGUACAGUGACCCUCCGCUUCGGCUACAGACGCUCUGCACCUCUCCAAGCUGACAGCAACAUUUGUGUGGUGGACCUCUUUCGCAAUGGUUACUCGACCAGUUCCUGACUAUCACAGAAGUGGCAGUCCAGAUCAUAGCGCACCAGACAUGUAACAACACACCGCUACUGCUCAUAGGCAAUUGAGAAAGAAGGGAAUCAUAUGCAGUUCAUCCCCAUUUUUGGAAAGCCUGAUAGCGAGCUCUGCUACUGAUCAUACACAGGAAAUUAACAUGAGCAGCCACAGCUGCUGAUUAUACAGUGGAUGCCUUCACUACUGCUGUUGUAAUACCACCAUCUGCAAUAAGCUAGCACUCAUAGUCAUGCUAAGGUUAGAAACGACAGUCAAGUACACAAACAGAA